CGUUCUUCAACUUCUUCAAAAAAGAAAAAAAAGAAAGGCGAUGGAAACCUUAAAUCAGCAUUUAAUUGUUGCUAAUAUGUUUUAUAGAAAAAAGAUUAUGGUUUAGCUUUUGUUUAUAUGUAUGUAAGAUAAAUAGAUAUUUCGAUUCUGUCGUCUUUCAUCUUCCUCAUCAAGUCCAUUGAACUUCCAAUAGAGCAGCAACGACGAACGGCGGCGGCGGCACAGGUGAAUGGAGGGAAAUUUGAGUAACUUCCAGGUGGGGCAUCUACCAACUGUGAUAUAUAAGCCUGAGUUUAUCACAGAGAGUGAAGAAACCCAUCUCCUAGAUAAGAUUUACGAAGCUCCUGCAUCAAAGUGGAAGUCUUUGAAGAAUAGGAGGCUUCAGAAUUGGGGUGGUGUUGUCCAUGAGAAGGGUCUACUACCUCAAGAUUUGCCUCCUUGGCUGAUGAAGAUUACACAAAGAAUAUUUGAGGAAUCAGAACUGUUUCCCUCAGCAAUCAAUCAUGUUCUCAUCAAUGAGUACCUUCCUGACCAGGGAAUUAUGCCACACCAGGACGGACCUGCUUAUUUUCCUGUAGUAGCUAUCCUCUCCCUUGGAUCACCAGUUGUCAUGGACUUUGUUCCACAUUCAAAGUUGAGAACAUGCACAGAUACACCGAAGAAUGACGUUGAAAAUAAAGGAUCUGGUAAGGAGGCCUUAAAUAUUGAGACAGAUAAACGGAUGGAUAAUCACCAUUCUUUCUCUGUUUUCUUGAUGCCUCGUAGUCUACUGAUAUUCAAGGAUAAUGCCUAUUCAGACUACCUGCACGGUAUAAAAGAUAGCAAAGUGCAUCAAUACGAUGAGGCCAUAAAUGAUGCAGACUCUUUGCUAAGUAAUAAAUUUGUGCCAGAAUCUGAGAAAGGUGUUGAAAUAGUGGGAAGCAGAGAUCACAAGGUUCAUCGGACAAAGAACAGAGUUUCAUUGACAUGUCGGCUGGUGUUAAAGGUUCACAAGAAUUUAUUCAAGUUUUAGUAUUUAGAUGCUAUGUGCUUAGUUCUUUCGCUUUUAUAUCUGGAAUUCUCACUUUUCAGUUAAAAAAAUAGAGGAAAAAAAAAAGGAAUUCCAACUUACAGAGUGUUAGAAUUGUGCUUCAAGGAGAUAGGGUAUGACUUGUACAAAGAAAAUGCUUGGUAAAGUUGGUGUUUAUGCCAAUAGUGCAUAGACUAGGGAGAAAUGUGUAAAAGGUGGGAAAGCAUAUUGGAAAUUGGAAUGCAUGAAAGUGAAAUUUUUGAAAAGAGAGAGUACUCGAACACUUGAUUUUAGUGUUUGUAUAUUUGAUUUACUUUUUAUCGUAGUAUGUUUGAAUGAUAUUCUAACAUAUAUACUUGUAAAAAAAAUAUAAUAAUUGAAUAAAACAUUUGAAUAACA